AUGAUUGAAACGCUCGUAACUACGGAAGCUCAGGAACUGCUGUACCAGCUUACAGCCCUGUUGGAACAGGAGUUAAGAUGUCAGCCAAAGGCCUCUGGCCUGAGACUAAUUGAAUCUGCUCAUGAUAAUGGCCUCCGAAUGACUGCAAGGCUGCGAGACUUUGAAGUGAAAGAUCUCCUCAGCUUAACUCAGUUCUUUGGCUUCCAUACAGAGACGUUUUCACUAGCUGUGAAUUUCUUGGAUAGAUUCUUGUCAAAAAUGAAGGUACAGCCUAAACACUUGGGCUGUGUUGGACUCAGCUGCUUCUACUUGGCUGUGAAGGCAUCGGAAGAAGAAAGAAAUGUUCCCUUAGCCACUGACUUAAUUCGAAUAAGCCAGUAUAGGUUCACUGUUUCUGAUAUGAUGAGAAUGGAGAAAAUCGUAUUGGAGAAGCUAUGCUGGAAAGUCAAAGCUACAACAGCCUUUCAAUUUCUACAACUAUAUCAUUCACUCAUUCAUGAGAAUUUAAGUUCUGAAAGGAGAAAAUACCUUAAUUUUGAGAGACUUGAGACGCAGCUUAAGGCAUGUCACUGCAGAAUCAUGUUUUCUAAAGCCAAGCCUUCUGUCUUGGCACUGUCUAUUAUGGCACUAGAGAUAGAGGAACAAAAACUGCCGGAGUUGUCAGAGGCAUUGGAAUUUCUGCAGCUGCAUUCCAAGAUAAGCAACAGAGAUUUGACCUUCUGGAAGGAACUGGUGUUAAAGUGCCUUACCGAAUAUUCCUCGAGCAAGUGCUCCAAACCAAAUGUCCAGAAACUAAAAUGGAUUGUGUCUGGACGUACAGCAAGGCAGCUGAAACAUAGCUAUUACAGAAUAACACACCUUCCUACAAUUCCAGAGACCAGCUCGUAAUAGGAGUACAAUAAAAUGAGGAGACCUGUGACCCUGUCAACAGACACAUGAAUAUUUGAGAAACAAAGUCUGAAACACGAUCUUAAUAAUGAAGAACUCAACUUAUGGAAAGAAUACGUAACAUUUCAGACUAAAGAUCUUCCAGCAAA